GUAGAUCUUGGUCAGGUGAGCAGUCGACUGGCGGAGAUGUGGAGAAAUGUGCCCGAGUCGGACAAAGCUGGGACUAUUGCUAUUAAUGGGAGUUAUUCAGUCAUUCUUGAUUCCGUUCUGUGCAUGAUUGGCCCCAUGUUGUGUCUCACUCACCAGGUCCCCAGUCUGGCCUGUCUUGACAAGUCUCAGCUCGGCAAUAUCCUCGAGUCUAUCGUUUACAUUAUGCCCGGACUUUGA